GCCUCUCCCGCAAACGGCAUGUUGAAAAAGAACGUCAUCUGCCUCAUACAUUUAGCAUUAGCCGAAAUUAGCUGGUUGUUCACAUCACAGAUACAUCUUACCGAACCGAGUCCUUUUCUUUUCAACCGACAGCCUGCGUAGGGUUUAUUUAUCUAGUGCUCCCUGGGUUUACAGUGCCAAACAUGUAUUUAAAAGCCUUAUUCCGAUGCAGAGACAUGCUGAAAGGAGAACUGGUCGUGUGAAAUGCUGGCUAGCCUAAUCAAAGCUAGCUGACGAGCAGGGGCCGAGAAGCGAAAGUGGCUAACGUUAACGAGAGAUAAGCCCAUCACAACAAGCCCGGGUACCUUAACAUACCUGCCACUGAAGCCACAAGAAGAAGGACUGGUAGAGAUAAUUUCUUCCCUACAAAGUAGUGGUGGGUUUCUCUAGGCAGAGCCAUGGGUGCGUUCCUGGACAAGCCCAAGACAGAGAAGCACAACUCGCGUGGUGAGGGCAACAACCUGCGUUAUGGACUGAGCUCCAUGCAGGGGUGGCGGGUGGAGAUGGAGGAUGCUCACACCGCUGUGUUGGGACUUCCUACUCCUGGUAUGACUGACUGGUCCUUUUUUGCCGUAUACGAUGGUCACGCUGGUUCACGGGUUGCCAACUACUGUUCUAAACACCUCCUGGAACAUAUAAUCAGCGCUAGCUUUGGGGCCGGAGGGACACAAGGCUCCCAGGCUGGUUUAGACAGCUCCACCACUGAUCCUCCCGCAGCAGUUCCUCUUACAGUGGAGGCCGUGAAAUCGGGGAUCCGGACAGGCUUCCUGAGGAUUGAUGAGCACAUGCGCAGCUUCUCUGACCUCCGAAAUGGCAUGGACCGUAGUGGCUCCACAGCAGUGGGAAUCCUCCUUUCACCCGAUCACUUCUUCUUCUUUAACUGUGGCGAUUCACGAGCUGUUCUGUACCGCAAUUCACAAGUGUGCUUCUCCACACUUGACCACAAGCCUUGCAACCCACGCGAGAGAGAGCGCAUCCAGAAUGCUGGCGGCUCAGUGAUGAUUCAGAGGGUUAAUGGGUCACUGGCUGUAUCAAGGGCCUUGGGGGACUAUGAUUACAAGUGCGUGGAUGGGAAGGGCCCCACAGAGCAGCUGGUGAGCCCUGAACCCUCAGUGUUCGAGAUGGUUCGGGCCCCUGAACAGGAUCAAUUUGUGGUCCUGGCAUGUGAUGGCAUCUGGGAUGUCAUGUCCAAUGAGGAGCUGUGCGAGUUUGUGAAAUCUAGGCUUGAAGUGUCGGAUGACCUGGAGAGAGUCUGCAAUGAAGUGGUGGACACCUGCCUGCACAAGGGGAGUCGGGAUAACAUGAGCAUUGUGUUAGUGUGUUUGCCCAGCGCUCCUAAAGUGUCCGAGGAAGCUGUGAGGAAAGACACAGAGCUCAACAAGUAUCUGGAGUCCCGAGUGGAAGAGAUGCUGUCCAGGCCAGAGGAGGUGGGGUUUCCAGACCUGGUAACAGUGAUGAGGAACCUGUCCACUGACAGUGGCAUGCCCACUUUACCACCAGGGGGAGGCCUUGCCAGCAAACGCAAUGUGAUUGAAGCAGUAUACAACCGUCUGAACCCAUACAAGGAGGAAGAUGGGCCCUCCUGUUUCAUUUGAGUGGAGCUGAGUUGGAGUCCCACUGGUAGCUGUCCAGCACAACUGCCUGAUCCUAAAAAAAACAAAACAGGACCACUUUCCCACGCAAGAUCACAACCAUAGUCACCUUUUCAUUUACUCUGGGAUUUUUUAAUUUUCCCCCCACAAUGAGAGAUCAAUUGAAGCAGAAAUCACCUUUUUUUUAAAAAAACAAAAACAAAAACCAAACAGAUCAAGUUUGGAGGACUGCAAAACAGAUUUUUUUGGUUGUUUUUGUAGAACAAGAACAGGGCAAACUAAGAAUAACUGCAUUCACACAGUAUCUACAUCUGAGGAGAAGCAAACAAGCACAGUUUCACUUGCCCGUCAUUUUCUUGCUUUCUUUGUGGUGGUUGUUUUUGUUGUCGAUUGACGGAGACACGGGCAGCUCUGCUCUGCUCUGCUCUGCUCUGCGGUGCCUUUCUCAGAACUGAGAGAGAAGAGAGGACCAGCCUUCACCAACACUUCAUCUGCCCGUGCGUCCAGCUCCCUGAAGUCAUCGCUGUCCAAAGGCCUCCUGGUUAAAGCCUCAAAUUGAGGGCCUUGGAGCCCAACACGUGGGGCUGCACACCUGAACACGAGGGGAGUUUAUCCGGCAACAAAUUUAAGUCUGGCAUCUCGACACCGUGUCCAAACCAAAAGUGUGAUGACUCUUCUUGCACGCCCCCGCUCACUUUCCCUCCACCUGUCUCUUCAAGGACACUAUAAACCAGUUGAUUUUUCACUUUUCCUCUCUGUCUCUCUCACUUCUCGCUUCUGUCUGUCUCUUCAUAGGACAGGACAGACUCAUUUGCAUCGGCAAACGUGUCCAGAAUCAUAAGCUUUUGAGCCUGCUGUCGUUUCAGAGAUAGAAAGAUAGGAAUUAUAUAUAAAAUUCAUAUAUAUAUAUAUAGAUAUAUAUUUUGAUUUGUUUGCUUCAUCUUAAUUCCCUGCCAUGGUAUUUGUGUGUGUGUGUAAACAAAUAUAAACACACACACACACACACACACACACACACACACACACACAAAAGUUGCACACAGUGUUUCCCACAUUGCAGCUUUCCAAAGACACGCUUUGAGGGAAAAGAAUUCCCACCUCACCUUCUUCUUCCCGUUGUCUUCUCAACACACACACACUGACACACACACAAACAAUCCUGCUUCUGCUACAACUCGCCUUUUCUAUCUCAGAUAUCCUGUGUAUGAAAAAAUGCCUUUUUGUUUUGAUUGAAAAAAUUCCAUCAUUUACCUUUUUUUUUUUCAAUGUCUUUUUGUUUUUUUGUUUUUUUGUAUAUAUGGCUCUUCAGAGUACUGUGGCGGUGGUCCAGAUUACAGAUGGAUAACAAAACGACAAGGGGAGCAUGAACUAUACCUUGUACAGCAGGUUGGGAGAGAGAAGUAGGGUUUUGGUGUUUCACUGUAUGAAGUAAAGGAGGGACGCUGUAGGACAGUAGAGAAUAAGCUCUACACCUUGAGCUGCGUUCACACUGUCACUGAAAUUUCCACAACUACCUUCAUAGACUUUGCCUCAAAGGCACAGGAUGGUUGCUGGGAAAGCCCUUGUUUGACUCUCUGGACUGAACAGGAGUCCCAUUUCAUUUCUGUCAACCCAAGCACUAAGAAGUGAAGCUUCAGACACAAAUAUUUGUCAGAAAAAAAACCUCGUUCAAACACACACUCAUAGACAAAAGUGGAUACACAUACUUUGCUUGUGUGUUCUUUUCUGUAGAUACGUUUAAAACAGUCUCUAAGUAUAUACAAACCUGUAAUAUACACCUUUUCUUUCAGUCAUUUAAUGGCAGAUUCAUCAUAAUUUCUGAAAUGGCAGUAUUGAAAGAGAAUAGGCCUAACAGAGUUUGCUGGCUGAUUAAUGUUCUUGUGGUACACUAGCUCUUGGUGCCAUAUGACAAAUAGGUACUUGAAUGUGUAGUUCUUUUGCAGUUGUUUUUUGAUGGAAUGAUUGAUUUUCCUUUUGUUUUGUGGUGGAGGUAGUGGGAGGGCUGGGGAUUUCUAAUAGUUGUGCAUGUUUUGUGAUUGAGGGAGGAGUGUAUUUUGUGUGUGAGUGGGAGGUGUGCUGGGUCGACGAGGACAACGCGGGCUAGUUCAGUGUGGCGGAACGCAGUGUUAAAGAAGAAAGGUGUGAAAGCUGACAAGGAAAAGCAACACAGUGAAAAGAAGAACGUGCAGCAGGAUAGUUAUAAAUUUUGAUCUUUUCAUGACUGAUUAAACAAGCUGCUCUCUGAGGAAAUUCGGGUCAUAGAACAUGGUUUGAAGCUAGAAAGGUGGCAGGGUCUGACAAAUAUAAAUAAAGUAAAACGGUAUGAAAUUGUUUAUUCAAUCAUGAAAACAAAGUGCUGAGUUUGUUUUGGCAUUUAAAAAAAAAUCAGUCAGUUAAUUAAAAACAUCUCCAAAACUACAUGGUGCGCCUUAAAAAUUGGAAUUAAUCCGCUUCCUGAGCCUUGCAUUACGCUGGACGAGCAGUAUGGAGCCAUUUUAUGUUUGUUUUUGGUUCAGUUCAAUCCAUUUGUUUAUGAGAACAUAAAACCGACCACUAACGCUCCAGAAAUGUUUUGUGUACUACAAAAACUUCACUCGACUUCCCGUCAGCAUGAGGAUGAGAGGACAACCGAUUUUUCAUUUUUGGGUGAACGUGUCCUUUUAAGACUGAAAAUAAUAAUUGAACUGCAUCUGUGUUAUUGUUCCCACAUGUGGACCGACUUUUAAACAUUGCACUGCGUUUCGCCACGCUGAACACAGUCCUCAGUUUGGGUUUAUGUUUAAGCUAUAUCAGACACUGGGCUGGGCUAGGAGAGGAAAUUAAGGGAGGGAAGGAGGGAGAAACAUUUAUUUUUCUGAAUGUAAUUUUGAUUAUUCACACUGAUUCCACUGCAUGGACUGAAUACAGGCAGCACUGCAGCAUCACAUAUUCUCCUCAUCAGUCAUUUCAUGACAAGACAAGCUCUCUCUCUCUCUCUGGCUCCCUUUUUGUUUGGAGAAAAAAAUAAAAAAAGUACUUGAUCAUUGUUCUUGUUGUGGAAACUAAUCUGAUGACGCACGUGGGAGAGAUGUCGAACUUCUCGAAGGGGACUUUGAAAGUGUUCUGUUGCCCGAAUGAUUUGACCCUGACCUUUGCUUUGGUAUAACGAUAUGUUCAGUAAAGAUCAUUUUACGAAGCAUAUUGUGUCCUAAAACCUGCAAAGUUGUUCUAGGCUGGGUUAAGGCGAUGUGACUGCAAGGACCCCAGAAGGCAGGCGAGGAGUUGUGCGCCAUGAAGAAAAAAAAGAAAACAAAAAAACAGCAAAAUGACAUUCCUCCUUUGGGUUUUUAAGAAUGCAGAUGAACCUUCGUUCUCUUUGUCGCCUUCUGUCUCCCCGGUCACUCUUUAUGCUACUAGAAUUGACAGAUGUAUGAUGGCAAGGAUUAAUUCCAAACUUGUUUUUAUUUAUUCCUGUGCUUUGUAGCUCCUCUAAAAAAAUUUAAAAAAAAAUGCUGUAUUUUGAAGACAGAGGUAACGAUAAACUGGUGUGCAUUUUGAGAGUAACGUUUGGCCCACUCGACGUCACCUUUUGAAGAAGAGGGGCGAGGUUUAUGAACCACCCAGGGUAUUCACCAUUCCUUCUUCCUGUACUAAUUUCCCAGUAUGCUAUUGUGAUGUUACAGACCAUACAGUGAACAUAAACAUCAAUUAAAGAUGGAUUUAAGUUUAAACACUUUAAA